GUACAAUGAUAAUGGGUAAAGCCCACUUGAUCAUUCACAAAAAUCUAGCAUUAAAAAAUGAUUUAAAGAUCGUUCUUUAUCCCUAGCUCACAACUCUAGUGGGCAUUAAGUACAUGAAAUCACUUUGCACUUGAUAUUGCACCAUGGCUUUCUUCAGAUUUGCCAUCCCAAUUACACCCUUUUCCCCUUAAUUAAAACCUGAUAAUUAUAACCACCAAAACUUUAGAGAACAGUGAUUACUUAGUGGAGCACUUAAUGUACUAAAAACUAAUGGUAGUACAGAGAAAUGAAGUGUCUGACGUACGAUCAGUCAGCAAAAAUCUUUUUAUCUCCAAUGCCCUUUUAAAUUGCUUCAGUGAGUCCAGUAAGGAUCGUGGAGCAAAGCAAAGCAAGAUGAAGAUGGGACAAAUGACAUUCUUUUGGGGCAAGAACACGGAAGAUAUAUUUCCAGGAUGGCCAGGUCGAAGCUUAUGCUCCUACUUUUUGGGGCUAAUUUGGGUGUUUCUUCUUUCAUUGAUGGUAGAGCGGCUUUCCCAUACCAGGUUCAUCAAGCCAGGCACCAACCAUGUCACCGCAGGGCUUCUGCAAACAAUGAUGUACGCCAUCAGGGUUGCUUUGGCUUACUUGGUUAUGCUUUCCGUCAUGUCGAUUAACGUCGGUGUUUUGUUAGCUUCUGUUGCUGGGUAUGCAGUUGGGUUCUUGGUUUAUGGCAGUCAAGUUUUUAGGAAGUCUGGGUUUGGUCCCUUCGAGGAACCUUCUGAUAUUCCCCCUCUGAACUGUUGACAAAGAAAACACUUAUCCAUCUUAUCUGAAAGUUUCUUACACUCCAGUUUUGUUAUUAUUUUUGCCAUAUGUGAAAACCAAUUCAUAUUUAGACCAACAUGAAGACUUACAAGUUACAA